GGUGAACACCUUUGGCAUAUUUCUGUGUGUGCUGCGACGAGGAAACCCUCUCUAGCCAGAAGCCCUGCAGCGAGAUGUCACUUCAUGAUCUGCUGGCCACUGUUGGGGGCUUCACUGUCUCUUUCUGCCUGCUGAGACUCUUAUGGAAAUGUUGGUGUUUGUACAGCGAGUUCAUUCUAUCAGAGCACUGGCAGGUGGAUCUGAGGACCUAUGGAAAAUGGGCAGUUGUCACCGGCGCCACAUCUGGUAUCGGUAAAGCGUACGCUGAAGAGCUGGCACGGAGAGGUCUGGAUGUUGUUUUGGUAAGCAGAUCCGAUCUCAAGCUUCAGAGAGUGGCCAAAGAGAUCGAGAAUAAGUUUGGACGAAAGACUCGUAUCAUCCAAGCGGACUUCGCAGAAGGGGACAGCAUCUACCCUGCCAUAGCGGAUGCACUGCGAGACCUGGAGAUUGGAAUUCUGGUCAACAACGUGGGAAUGAUGUACAACGAGCACUUUGCCUAUUUUCUGGAUUGUGGACCAGAUGCAGCAAAGAGAAUCACUCAGGUUUUGAACUGCAACAUGAUGUCUGUCACCCAGAUGACCAGACUGGUUCUUCCAGACAUGGUUGCAAGAAAAACAGGGUUGAUCAUUAAUCUCUCAUCUAUAACUGGUGUGCGCCCACAGCCUUUGCUGAGUCUUUAUUCCGCCACGAAGGCCUUUGUGAUAUUUUUCUCUCGGUGUCUGCAAGCUGAGUACAAGUCAAAAGGAGUCACUAUUCAGUGCGUGGCCCCCUCCUUGGUGUCCACCAACAUGACCCACAACAUAAAGGUCAACUGCUGUGUGAAGAGCGCCUCAGCCUUCGCCCGCGAGGCCCUGAACACCGUGGGUCAGUCCAGCUACACCAACGGCUGCCUGUCACACGCGCUGCAGAACGUGGCUCUCGCAUUGUUCCUGCCGGACUGGCUUCGCUUGUCGACUUACUUUGUCAAGAAACAGAUAAACUCGAAGUUUGUAGAACAGCUGAAAUAAAGAGAGGAGAAGCGUCAGUGGAAAAGGAGGGGCUGUCAGGAAACAUGCUCAGCCUACUUUAAGUAUGAAUGACAUGAAUGUUUGUCUUUAUCAGAUGGGCGGCGUCAGUUUGUUCCAUCAGAUGAAACAACAAAAGUAACUGUGUAGUUGUAGUUUAAGUGCCAGCAAAAAAAAUCCAGACUGUGAGAGUGACAUUUUGACAACACGCACACCGAAAACUGGGGAUUUUGCGACUUGAGAAGAUUUUUGCCGACAUUAUCGAUACAAUGUUUGUUGGAGCUGUUUGUGAAUCAUGCAAAAACUCUUGAAUGUGAACAUUUGUGUACACGCAUGCUUUUAACAUUAAACUUAAGAAAAAAAAAAAA